AUCUGGAUCAUUCAUCUUGAAUGUUUUCACUUUUUUGUUUUCUUCCUCCUUUUCCUGCGGGACAUAGGAGAGAGCGUUGGCUCUCUUAAAUAGGCUGGCAAUUUUCAUGAACCCAACCGUAUCUUCUACCCAUCGUUCACCAUGGCCAUCGACACUCCUACCGAGACCGAGAAGCCUACUUCGUUCAUUCUGCCUGACCUCGUCUCUCACUGCACCUUCCCACUCGUGUACCACCCCCAUGGGGACACCAUUGCCGCUCAGUCCGUGAAGUGGCUCGACACCAACUGCCCAGACUUGAACACCAAGCAGCGGGCGGCUCUCUACGGACUUCAGGCCGGCGAACUCACAGCUUACUGCUACAACACCUCUUCCGACGCGCGGCUUCGAGUCGUCUCCGAUUUUAUGAACUACCUCUUCCAUCUGGACAACAUCAGUGAUGGCAUGAUGACCAAAGAAACUGAUAUUCUCGCCGAUUGUGUCAUGAAUGCGCUCUGGUUCAGCGGCUUUUACAAGCCCACGGUUAGAAGCGACUAUAAUCAGCCGGAGGAGGAAAUGAAUGCGGGAAAACUCGCUAGAGACUUCUGGGCCCGCUGCAUUCCUGAUGCUGGGCCUGGCGCGCAAGCGCGCUUCAAGGAGACCCUCGAGCUGUUCUUUGAGGCGGUCAACAUUCAAGCCAAAGAUCGUGAUCGAGGCAUCAUUCCCGAUCUCGAGUCAUACAUCGACGUUAGAAGGGAUACAUCUGGCUGCAAGCCGUGCUGGGCGUUGAUAGAAUACGCCCUCGACAUCGAUCUCCCCGACGAGGUUGCUGAGAACGAGGUCAUUCAGGCGUUGAACCAGCACACUAAUGAUCUUGUCACUUGGUCCAAUGACAUUUUCUCUUACAACGUCGAGCAAUCCCGUGGAGAUACCCAUAAUAUGAUCGUCAUCAUGAUGGUUUAUCACGGGAAAACUCUUCAGGAAGCCGUCGAUUAUGUUGGAGAUCGCUGCCGAGAGACUAUCGACGCUUUCAUUGAAGGCACGAAGCAUGUACCGUCGUGGGGUCCCGAGAUUGAUCCCAUCGUCAAAAAGUACAUCCAAGGGCUUCAGGAUUGGAUUGUGGGAUCACUUCAUUGGAGCUUUAUGACUACCCGGUACUUUGGCGACGCUGGAGCCGAGGUCAAGAAGACGCGGUUUGUGCAGCUUCUCCCCCUUAGGAACUAGAGAUUUAAAUAAUUUGGGCGGGGCUUUACUUUAAAAAUUUUGGGAGCUUUUCGAAUUCGUAAAUAUGUAUCUUUUUCGUGCACUUGUAACUUAGACUGUUGGAAUAUAUGUACCAGAAUUAUGUCCGCUGACAUAAACCUUGACGCAUUCUUGACGUCA